AUGAGGAACAGGAAUCUGGAACAGUGGGUUAAAUUGGGAUUGUGGUUGUCCUUGCAACGGGCCAUGGCAAAGAAAUUCCUGAUCGCUUUUGCCCUGGUGGCCGUGGCCAGCGCAGAUGUUUCGCAUCUGUUCUCGCACAGCAACAACCUGCAGGAGGAUGGAUACCACUAUGCCCCACCACGCGCCCCGGUCGUCAUCGAUGUGCCCUACGUGCCCCACGAGUCUGCCCCACCAGUAGUGGUCUACGAGGCCCCCAAGCCCAGGCCCACACCCCCCCGUCCCGUCUACACCCCUCAGCCCGCUGGUGUUCUCAAGGACGAUGGUUACCACUACGCCCAGCCUUCCGUGAAAUUCGAGGUUGCUGCUCCUCCACCACCAAAGGUUGAGUACCUGCCUCCUCCCACCAAGAAGGUGGUGAUCGCCCCACCCCCAGUGUACGUGCCACCCCCAACCAAGAAGGUUGUCGUCUACACACCACCCCCACCACCACCACCGAAGAAGGUCGUCGUCUACACCCCACCCCCACCACCACCACCGAAGAAGGUCGUGUACACCCCACCUCCAACUGGCAUCCUGAAGGACGAUGGCUACCACUACGGCCAGCCCUCCGUGAAAUUCGAGGUGUCCGCUCCUCCACCACCAAAGGUUGAGUACCUGCCUCCUCCCACCAAGAAGGUGGUGAUCGCCCCACCCCCAGUGUACGUGCCACCCCCAACCAAGAAGGUUGUCGUCUACACACCACCCCCACCACCACCACCGAAGAAGGUCGUCGUCUACACCCCACCCCCACCACCACCACCGAAGAAGGUCGUGUACACCCCACCCCCAACUGGCAUCCUGAAGGACGAUGGCUACCACUACGGCCAGCCCUCCGUGAAAUUCGAGGUGUCCGCUCCUCCACCACCAAAGGUUGAGUACCUGCCUCCUCCCACCAAGAAGGUGGUGAUCGCCCCACCCCCAGUGUACGUGCCUCCCCCAACCAAGAAGGUCGUUGUGUACACACCACCCCCACCACCACCACCAGUGUACGUCCCACCCCCAACCAAGAAGGUCGUCGUCUACACCCCACCCCCACCACCACCACCAGUGUACGUCCCACCUCCAACCAAGAAGGUGUACGUGACCCCCAAGGUCGAGUACUUGCCCCCCGUCCAGAAGGGAUACAGCUACCCCAACGACCCCCAGCCCGCGUUCAACUUCUAG